UAAUUAGGGAAAGGUGGCAAAGCAGAACUGAAUGAGAUGGGGCACCAUUGCUGCAGCAAACAGAAAGUGAAGAGAGGGUUGUGGUCUCCUGAAGAAGAUGAGAAGUUGAUCAAGUGCAUCACUACCUAUGGCCAUCCUUGUUGGAGCUCUGUCCCUAAACAAGCUGGACUUCAAAGAUGUGGCAAGAGUUGCAGACUCAGAUGGAUCAACUACUUAAGACCUGACCUUAAGAGAGGCUCUUUCACUGCUCAAGAAGAAACUAUCAUCAUUGAUGUUCAUAGAAUUGUUGGCAAUAGGUGGGCUCAGAUUGCUAAACAUCUGCCUGGAAGAACAGACAAUGAAGUGAAGAACUUUUGGAACUCAUGCAUCAAAAAGAAGUUACUUGCUCAAGGAUUAGAUCCAAAGACUCAUAAUUUGUUGCCAAAUGCACGCCCUUCACCUUCUUCUACUACUGUUCUCCCAUUCACCAUCACUUCCACCUCUAGUAAUGGAUUUGAUCAUGCUGUCAUGAGCUUUCAAGAUCAACCUAAUGUUUCUUCUUCUUGUUUUGAUCCAACCGGUUUCAUCGAUGAAGCUUCUUAUGCUUGGAGUUCCACUACUGCUGAUCACACUUUGAAUGUCAUGAAUCAAACUCAGUUACAAGGACUUCCACAAGUUGAACCACAACAACAUCAUCAGCAGCAACAACAACAACAACAACAACAAGGACCAAUGCAUGUUAAUGAUAAUGAAAUGGAGUUUAACACUGAAGCAUUUGAUCUUGACUUCAUGGAAUCAGCAUUAUCUUCUUCUGAUGUUUUCUGCAAUGGAAACUCUUUGGAUGAUCACUUGAAUUGGGAUUGCCAAGACCUUUAGUAAUAUGAUUUCUCCUACAAAUUAGUCAAGUUAUCAUCAUUUGUUCUCUUUUUGGUUGUGUAAUUACUUGGAUAUAUAUAACUGC